AUGCAUCAUUUUAAACAAUCCAAUAAUAUUUAUUCAUUAUAGAUAAAUAAUAAUUAUCAAAAAAUCAACUGUUUUUAAUUAGAAAAAAUUAAUUCCAAAAAUAAAAUUUUUCAGCCUUGAAAAAGUUUGCCAGAAUUUUACACUUCAACUCUAUAUUAGUCUUUAUUAAAUUUCCAAGGAGCCACUUUAACAAUCAUAAAGUAAAAUUUAUAGGUUAUAUAAGAAAGAGAUAACAGGACAAGAAGACAAUUUCAAAUUCUAAAAUGGAAUUGAAGGUAAUUACCCCUUUUUAAAGAAAAUUAAAAAAUUUACUCAUUCAGAACGAAAAAAUCAUUUUUAAGGUGAUUCAACUCUUAUAUUGAAUAAUUCUGACUUUUUAAAAUUAAGGAUGACUCAAAUUCAUUAAAAAUGUUAAUGUCAAAUAUUGAUUUUUUGA